AUGUAAUAAGAAGAUUUCACUCCUUGGCUAAUUUAAAUGUUACAGCCUGUAUAUCAAUAAAUUCUAUUGUUAGUAUUCUUCCAUCUUUGAAACUAUGUACUCAGUCGGAUUUAAAAUAUUUGACACUAUUAUCUUGAAAUAAGGAGAACCCAAAUAAUGGUUCUACAUGGAUGAUAAAGUAAUCAUAAUGAUAAAUUUCGAAAGCACUGCAUCAAAACGCAUGAUGAUGAGUGGCUAAAAUGGAGAGUUUUUGGAACCUAUUGUAGAGCCAAGAAUGUUAAUAGAUUGGGUGAGUAUAUUUAAUCUGACAACUUGGAUUAAGUGUAAUUGCAAGCCCCAUGUAAAUGUGAGGAAUCAAAAACAACAUGCAAAUGUUACAUAUUCCAUUUCGAAUAGAAAUUAGCGUAAGGUAACUUCAAAUCAUCAAUUCUAAUUAGGUCGUAUUUAUAGGGCAGUUUCAUAAGAAGUAGCAAAUGAACUUUUUAAAAAUCCUAAUGAGAAAUCAGAAAUCAUUACUAAUUGGACCAAAAUUAUUGGUUGUGGAGUAACAAAAUCACCUAAACACAUAUUUUAAGUAACAGUUUCUAAAGAAUAAAUUGAUGAUCAACCUAAAUUUAGAGUUAAUAGGAAGAGAUUUGCCUAAACUCCCUUAUAAAAGGAGGAAUUCUCUAAACAAGAAAAUAUAGUCAAAAAACCAGUCUAUCUUAAAGAAGAAUAUGACAAAUCUUUGGCAGCACAAUAAAAUGUGAAAUGCGAACAUUUUGCUUUUAGUUUGCUAAGAUUUUUAGAAGGGAGACUCUAAAGAUCUAUUUAACUACUUUAAGUAGAGUUCUUUAUGACUGAAGGAGAUCUAUAAAUAUAUUUGACAGGUUUGGAUAAUAUUCAAUUUCAUGCUGAUGGAGAACCAGUUGAAAUAGCUACCUUAUAUCCUGUGAAACAGCAGGUUCAUAAUUUUGAUAAAUGUGCUGGUUUGUAUUGCCAUUAUGCGACCAAUAAUAUUUUUUAUGAUGAAUUCGAUGAAUAAUUUUCGUUAUUCAUAAUGGCAGGAGAGAAAGAAACUCAUAAGAAAAUUACUUAUAAAUCAAUAUUUCUAGAUAUGAUUGAGAGAUUUAAAACCAUUAAAAUGCUAGAACCCUAUCUUAAUAAGCCACCAACUGAAUAAUUGAUAUUCAAAUUAAGGAUAUGUAAUUUAAAUUAUAAUUCUUAGAUUAUUCAUUGGGGGAUAUUACAAAUAGUGCUUAUUUUAAGCAUUUGAAGAUAUCAAAUUUCUAUAAAUAGGAAACUGUUUGUUAGUUUUGUUUUCAUGUUUAUAAUAAAAUAGAUUCAUUAAGGAAUUAGUAUUUAAAAAAUAAAAGAACUAUACUAAAUUCUUAAUAAAUCGAAGCAGAAGUCUCCAAAUUUAUGAGUUUAAGUAUAUUGAAUCAUUAAUUUUUAAAGAUUAUGCCUAAAAGGAAGCUAAGGUGUAAAUGAGAUUUCAUAAUAAAUUCUUUGAUAAACUCAAGCAAUUCGAUACAGAUCAACUAAAGUUCUUUUAGGAAUUUACAUUGUCGAGUGUUCAAGAUGAUAAAUACUUUUUGAAAAGAGGGAAGACGACUAGAUCACUUUAACAGCAUUAAGCGGCUGGAUUUUAAUUGCCUACAAUUAUCAAGGUUCAAGUGAAUGACAAAGAUAAUAUGAUAAAGAAGACCAAAUAUUUGAUACCAAAAGAGUAGGCCGAAUCAUUGGGUUUGAAGCAUUAUUUGGGUCAUGCUAAGAAUUUACCAUUUAGUGAUUAAGGCUUGGCUAUAAGUAAAAGUUCACUCGAGUUAAAUAAACUUCAAGAUAAGAUAAGGGAAAUACAAAUGAUAAAAGAGAGAAUGGAUUUAGAGAAAAUUAAAAGAGUGAGGGAGGAUAUCUAAGUGAUUAUGUGUACAUAUUAUGGGAAAGGAAAAGAAGAGAAGGACCGUUUGGUUGAUUUUGUUGAGACUCUCAAGAAAAGAGAAUAAUAAUUAGAAUCUUUAGAAGAGACAUCCCAAUAAAUAAGAUCUCCUGCAAUUCAGAUUGUAACUGACAAGAAUGACUUUUUAUCUGAAAAUUAAAGGAAAAUUAAAUAAGAUAAGGAGAAAAAGGAAUAAGAGAUAUUGUAGACUAAGAAAGACUUUUUAGAAGUAAAUAGCGAUCUUGCCUUCUCUGUAUUUAGAAGAGAUUAUGUAUCUGAACGCAAUAGUGAAUAUUGA